GUACAGCUCACGCUCCGCCGAUAAAGGCACCCCGGUUGGCACAUUCGAAGAAAAUCCAAGUACGAUAAGAUGGCGUCACACACGAACAGUCUGGCGAAGGAGUAAGGGGCACGAAGAGACAGGAAGACAGGCCCAGCCAGUGAGACAGCCAGGAACCUAGUCAUUAAGGCAUACAGAGAGCUCAGGAAAGACAGUGAAUAAGUGCGGUAGGGUGUCAUGUACUCAAGUCGUGGUGACGACUCUCUUUGUGCGAGAAGUUCCGCGUGAUCCUUUUCCUUUCGAUGCCUUUGUUCGACGGUGGAUCGUCGCGAAGUUCUUACUUGGUCCUGGCGGUGGUGUGGCGGUGGAGGCGGUAGGAUCAGACCGUCAGGGAGACCGAGGUGCAGACGUACGAGGAGGAGGAGCAGGAGGGCUCAUCUCGUAGAGUCCCGAAGCUAGUACGACAAGGACGAGGAGAAGAGCGGUGUGCACAAAAUGCGCGAGUUCAAGGUGGUAGUGUUAGGCUCGGGCGGGGUGGGCAAGAGCGCGCUGACCGUGCAGUUUGUGUCCGGUUGCUUCAUGGAGAAGUAUGACCCGACGAUCGAGGACUUCUACCGAAAGGAAAUUGAGGUGGAUAACUCGCCGUGUGUUCUUGAGAUCCUGGACACAGCGGGUACGGAGCAGUUUGCCAGUAUGCGCGACCUUUACAUCAAGAAUGGUCAGGGCUUCGUCGUGGUUUAUAGUCUGACUAAUCAUCAGACCUUUCAAGACAUCAAGGCCAUGAAGGAGUUGAUAACACGCGUCAAGGGUACUGAAAGGGUACCUGUAUUACUUGUGGCAAACAAGCUAGAUCUGGAGCACCAGCGUGAAGUUGAAACAGCUGAGGGAAGUACUCUUGCGCAGCAAUGGGGGUGUCCCUUCGUUGAAGCUUCUGCAAAGAACCGUACCAAUGUCAAUGAGAUGUUUGCAGAGAUUGUGCGUGAGAUGAAUUUCAGUCCAGAAAAAGAGAAGAAGAGCUACUGCUGUUGCAGCGUCCUCUAAUACUUAAUCAAAACCCCAGCUGAGCAGACUGAACCGUGCUAGGUAAAUAUGGGAUAGACCCUAAGACUCAGCUGGGAUGUGCUGUGAACUCGACGACUUGUAAGAAUAAUUAACGACGUAUGAACUCAGUGACUACGACUUGACAAUGGCUGGAUCAGGGGUGAACAAUGGCAUUGUCGUCUCAUUUUUCUAUGGAAAACCGCAGAUAGCGACAGCUGCGGACAAAUAUUUUAAUAUACAUGGAUAGUAUUAUAUGUAAUAUUAUUGUAAUAUAUAACGUUAGAUAUAAGCGGGCAACGAGAGGUGAAUCGAUAGUAAAGGACCAAUUCGUGGCAGAGAGAUAUCGACACAGCAUGGAGGGUGAGCUGAACUGCCCUGCGUUAGUUAUUAAUUGUUAACGGCAAAACCAAACUCGAUAUCGCUAGCUUUCUGCUCAAUUCAAAACACCCGUUGUGCAUUCGUCCAUCUCGGCCGCACGCCGUUAUUACUCACAAAUUAGGUGCUGACUAAUGAAGCAUUGAAGUCGCUUGCAGAUAUUGAAGGGACUGCUGCGGCGGUCGGUUGGCCUCAAUACCAGAAGGAGAGAUACGUUCUCUAUGUCGCUGGAUUUAGGAUAGAGAAGACCUUCGUCGCCGCUUUUUGGCAAGGUACCAAAAAGAAAAAAAAUCGCAUUAGAAAACUUGGUUAAAUCUUUUGAACGACAGACUGCGUUUUACUUCCUUUUACUAAACGUUCACUGUUCCUCUCUAUUCAGAAUCCAGAUGCAACAGAUGCAUUGUUCAACCAUUACAGUAGCACAGUCAAAUAUCUUGCAUCGCAAAGAGACAUACGAAAUAAGAUGAGACACAAUUAGAGAAUUCUUAACAUUAAUAUAAACACAAGACACGUCAGAGUGGUGCAAGCUAUACAGUGACACACGCAUUAAAACCUAACUAAUAAGUUCUCAUAGACACAUAAAAGCAUAACCCGCAUAGCGUCCUUUGGAAGUUUACGUUUAUUGCACCAGAGUCCAUCAAGAUUAGAUAUGUAUAGCACGAAAAUAUGACACAAUAGGAUUAUUUCACUGUUACAAUAUUUACAACACAUUCUCGAAGGCGAAAAGAUGAGAAAAGGUCAGCAAAUGGUCGAUUGUCUCGCAACUAAACGUUGCAUCGAUUCCUUCGGCUGCAAAAACUUUUAACUAGAUUGCUCGUAACAAGAUUGAGACUAUCCGUUAUUUUUUUAUGUUUACCAUUGUGCAUACAAAAAUCACGUUUGAUUAAAAGCCACGUGCGUUCGCUGGUAGCCCGCUGAAAGAAAAAAAAAAGAAACAGAAGAAUGAUGACAUACGUAAAGAAGCAAUGCCUCCCGUGCAGUACUAGGUAGUAGGUCGUGUGUAAUUUUUCUCAAGUGACCAAAAUCAUAUUGUCUGAUGUUAAAUAUCGCUUCGAUACCAUAGCAGUCAUUAUAUUAGCUCAAUAUAUUAUUUAAUAUACCGUCGAAGUGAUUGACCGUAAUGAUUGUGCGUAACGCAGCUUGCGCAAACUAAAAGUUGUCAGUCAUUGAUUUCUUUUAUAUUGUUAAUGAAGAAAAACACCCUACGAUAUAGUCGACGUUACAGUUUUCCAAUUUAUUUAUCAUCCUCGUGCGAGAACUUCUUUUUUUCCAUUGGCAUGCAUGCCUACACCUAUUCGUACACGUGGUGCACACGAUAUUCCCCGUUAACCAGUCUCUGGGUGCGUGCGAAAAAGUUUCGAAAAAUCAGUGAUAAAUUAAAACGAUAAAUGUAUAAACUGAUGAUAGAGCGAUGCGAAUGAAUUUAUAAUAAGCACAACCAAAUCGCACGUCUAUUGCUGUAAUAUUGGAGAUUAGCGAUUAUCAUUGAUAAAUUAUUAGAAAAUCAGGGUAGCGAUUGAGAGCACGGUCGUGCGAAUUUGUAUCAUCCGUACAGCGAUCAUCAUCAUCAUAAGGCGCCUCUAUCACACGUCUGGUUAUCAGCUGCGAGAUACGAGUAGUGAAACCACAAGGGAAUUUAAAUUAGUCUCGUAGUAAAUGCCAUUUUAAAAAAAUUUUUUUCUUUUUUCUUUUAUCUAAUUUUUGAAUGAUUAGCGCACACGAUCUAACUAUGCCCGAAUGCUCUUCGUAAAAAAAAAAAUACGACUCGAGAAAGCUCCCGGUAUACUCGCAAUCGACUAUUUUAUCACUUGAAACACACAUAGUCUUGCUGUGAUCCCGUAGACGUAAUUGCACUUUUGUAAUUAACAUUGAUGAUGAUAAUGAUGAUAAUAAUAAUUAUUAAUAAAGCCUGUUGGGCAUCAAAAAGGCCUCUUAAUCGCUAACGUUCUCAUUCGUUAUUCGACUUUUACGUUUGCCUGCUUAUUUCUUUCUUGCUUUCUUUUAUUCUUUUUGUUCUCUUUUCCUCUCUUAUAUAUAUAUUCUUUUUUCGUACCGUUGCAUAUUCUCAAAAUCAUCGCGCACUCACGAUGCACAUUUUGCUGAGACAUACCGCAUCCGGAUAGGUCUCCAAGUACUGAAUACUCUGAAACAAAAAGUCUAUUUAUAUAUUUGUACGAGAAAUUCGUUAGCUCGUAGUCGCUUGCCCAAGUCGAAAUUGCAUAAUAUUUUUCUAAAGGUGCCGAGAGGAAAAUAGGGAAUGGGACGUUUAAAGGAAAGGAAGGUAGAUAAAAGGAAAUAGCAUCUUACUGUAACGUAAAGACAAAAAUGGGAAGGGGGGUAAGAGGGGGAUAAUAAUUAAAAAAGUAAAUGAAAAUAUACUCCUCACACUUGGGGAACUAUCGGGAACGUCCAAUGUCCGGAUAGUUGUUGUUGUUGUUCUUGUUGCGCCCACGCCUGCGUCAGCCAGCAUAUCAUCCCAAGGACCAGACUUUUUUUAAAAACUGUCUACUCGAUGAAUUACCUAUUUGAUACUUAGCGAAAUAUAUGAAAAUAUUGAAAGAAGUAAAACGUUGAGAUCACGCGACUAACGAACUUGUUCGUUAUAAUUAACUAAUUAAGUAUUUACACAUUUGUUAUGCAACUGGGUCACAUUAAUUGGAAAACACCACAAUUUAGAUGUAUAUCGGCCUUUCAGUACUACCUGCGUAUGAUAUUGAGUACGAAAUAUGUUAUAUUUUUUACAAUGUGAAGAAUCUGUAAAUAUUAUAGUGUCAAGUUAUAUAUAUAUAUACAUACACACACACACAUAUAUAUAUAUAUAUAUAAUAAUAAUAAAAGUAAUUAUCUCACAUGUGAAAAGACGACGGUGAAUAACUUACGGUGGAAAAAUGUGCGUCACUCCAGAUCUGAGCGAUACAUAAAGGAUCUAGACUCAUCUAGGGAAUCGGAAUAUUCUUCUUGAGAAUUAUUUAAUUCUCUCUCUUUCUCUCUCGAUACGUUCGUUUGUUCGUUAGGUCGUUAGAAGAGGAAAAAGGAAACAAAAAUUAUUGCUAUGAGAAUUUUCCUAAAAAGGCGUCUGCACUCGAGUCUGCGUGGCAUUCUGGGCCAUUUGCUUCGUACAGCAGGUGCUACAAGUGCUCGGUUAAGAAUAUUAUAUUUGUUUCACGUGCAGUUCGAAUAUUCCAAUUGAGAUUGCCAGCGCAAUGAUCUAGUCAUUACGAAACUCUUGUGUUGACUCAAAUGACACGAAGAACUGCGAAAUACGAUUUGAAUAGUGAGACGUUAGAAUUCUCCGUGGAUAAUGCCAAUAAGAGUCGUCAGAUGUCGUUACGGGAAACGUCUAAUGUCAAAAGAACUCGUUGGCGUAUAUUAAUCGAAUGGCAACAAUAUAAAUUGCAAAUUAGAAUUGCACUGUAAGUUGGUCGUAAACAUUGAGAUCAUUAGGCGAGAGACGCGACGUGCACGUGUUAACUCAAUGACGUUCCAGCAGCUCGGAGGCCACCGCACAUUUUUUCAUUGUACGUAACUUUUUCACAUUUUUUAUUAUUAACCAUUGUAAUGGCAUUUUGGCAAUAUCGCACAAAUAUAAUAUAGAAAUGAAACUUAUUAACUUGUGACUAUUGGAUGAUCCUGUGUAAUUAUCGGGUUGAUUUCUCAUUAUUUAUACAUACUUUUUUGUAAACUGACUCUGCCCCCUAACACGUAUAUUGGCUGUUCCAUACGAUCAUCCAAUUGUACUGUUACUCUCUUAAACUUUUCUUUUUUUUUCUCAUUUCGUUACCUAUCGACAGCCGCUUUUCUUACGUUUAUUCUAUCUUUCGUUGCCCAGUGUUGUAAUCACGUUAUAUUUAGAGACAACGUAAAAUCCAAAAAAACUUUCAAGGACGGAAUGGUACAUCGGCGCACGGUGUUCUUUGAAUCGUCCGAUAUCAUUAUAGAUUUAUGAUUUAAUUCCAUAGUUAAAGCACUGUAGUCAGUUAUUAACGUCGCGAUGUUCGAUUAUUAAAUUUAUAUAUUAAUUUUCUUUAUAAGCCGUAUUAAGAAGAGCGAUAUGACAAUAACGAUCGAUUUAAAAGAACAAAAAAAUGAGUAAGUAAUAUUCAAUGUACUGAUUGUAAUAUUUAAAUAUCCGUUAAAUUACGUCCACGUCAUUCGUAUCCAUGUGUAUGUACACGUAUGAUGGGUGGCUGUACGUUUGCAAAAUGUUUGGACACUUAGUGUAUCCGAAGUACGUUUAUAAAUUUUACAAGCCGAUUAGAGAGGACUGUAAUUAUUGUUGAAAAUUAUUGCUUCUCUUUUGGCUUCUUCCAUUCGACGUGGUUUGUAUUAUGUAUACAAUAACGGUGCAAUAUACACGGUGUACUUGUUGUAUGCAAAACUAACUGUUUGACGCGUAUUAGUUGACAUUAGCUAUAUUACAUUUCAUAAACAGCGACAUACCGUUAAUAACCAAAGAAUUUUGUGCGAAUUCUUGUACACACGUAGAGCGAGAUUUUACAUUGAUGAAUUUAAGAUUAAUCAAACUCUUAGGCAAAAACUAUUAGGAUUAUUGAAUGGAAAAUAUUUGUUACGAAUUGAAAUAUUGAUAGAGGAUACAGGAUUUUGUCUUUUCGCUGAUUGAUACUGUGCAUUUUGGUGUACUCUAUCGUUUAAUAAGACUUAGAAAAAUUAA